CCAUCAUCGGCUCCUGGCCGGUUCAAAACAACAGAUGCUGAGCCCUGGCCGGGCUGCUCGCAUUCUACUUUCUAGCCAUCUCCUAGGGACUGGGCUGAAGCCUCAGAGACCCAGCUGGAAACCCUGGGGCCAGGAUCAUGUCUGCAAACAAAGGCUGGUGGGCACCACCUGAGGGCGAAGACAGUGUGUCUCAGAAGUUCCUGAGGAAGACCAGGGAGUCUCCGCUGGUGCCUGUCGGCUUAGGAGGCUGCCUGGCAGUGGCAGCCUACCGGAUUUAUCGGCUGAAGGCCCGUGGUUCCACCAAGAUGUCCAUACACCUGAUUCACACCCGCGUGGCAGCGCAGGCCUGUGCCGUGGGUGCGGUCAUGCUAGGUGCUGUGUACACGAUGUACAGAGACUACAUCAAGAGAUCAGCACAGGACCCCGGGGAGAAGUAGGACUCCUGUAGGGCCUGGGGCAGUCAGAGCCUCGUCCAUCAAUCCCUGGUACGUUCCUAAUAAAGCAGUUUUGAAGAAAA